AUGAACAAAAUCCCUUUGGAGCUGUGUAUGUGGUGGGAAGACCUGGGUAAAUCAGGGCAAGAUAAGGUCAAUCUAUACUUGGGAGGUCUUACCGGGUUGCUGAAGAUCAGGCCUAGAGGGGACAUCAUAAAGGCGUUGGUUACAUUCUGGGACCCGGCCCACAACGUGUUUAAUUUUUCAGAUUUUGAACUCACCCCAACUUUGGAAGAAAUAGCCGGAUAUAUUGGGAGCGCUGAGGUUCCUCUGAGACACAAGUAUCUGGUUGCGCCAAGAGUCUUCGCUGUGCACAGAUUCCUAGAUUCCUUAAAGAUAAGCAGGAGAGUCCACAACCCAGAUUUGGAAGCUGGCUUUUCCACUCUGCAGUUUAUAUAUCAGAGAUACGGUCACAUAGGGAAUCGCCUCAAAUGGGAAGAACACAGGUGCUUUGCUUUUAUGGUGGUAUUCUUGGGUCUUCUGGUGUUUCCUAGGAAUAUAUGGAUAGCUGGGGUAGUCAGCACUUUGCUUACUCAGGCCAAAAGCACCCUCGCACCCCUGAUAGUGUCUGAAAUCUUCCGCGCUCUCACAGCCUGCAAAGCCGGGGGAGACUUUUUCGAAGGGUGCAACCUCUUGCUACAGAUGUGGAUGAUUGAACACCUAUGUCAUCGUCCUCAAUACAUGAGUUAUGGGUCGACAGAGAAGAACUGCAUAGAGGAAUUUUAUACAAGGAUUGACGGGUGUAGCCUGCCGGAGGGGGUCACAGAAUGGAUAUCACGUCUCCGUUCCAUCACUGCAGAUCAAAUAGAAUGGACAUUUGGGUGGCUUCCCGUAGAUGAGAUCAUAUACAUGCCAGCUAUCGGGCCUCAUUUCCUCUUGAUGGGUCUCCGGUGUAUCCAGCCUUAUGCCCCAUACCGGGUUUUGAAACAAGCUGGGGAGAUGUCAAAUAGUUCCAGAAGAUGA